GUAAAAUGUUGGAAAAACAUUACAUAAGAAUAUAUACACUUAAAGACACUACCUUAUGCGAAGUAUUUGCGGUUCUCUUUGGUACUCUGCAUACCUACUGCAAAGAGUUAAUAACUGAACUAUCCCAGGAGACUACCAUAAUGUUGGGAUCACGAAAGACUUGCCCACAUGAAAGAAUAUAUGGUGAGCUCAGUAGCCUGUUUAUCAGUGACAUGCUAAAAGACACUUCCUCUUAAUACGGCUCGGGGAUAAGUUCUCUUAUUACAUAAAUGAGCAAGAAAAUCCCUCAUGCUAUAAAACGCACAGCCAACGCAUGCCAUGUUUUUUUUUCUUUUUUUGGUAAGCUAGUAAAGUAGGUACCACUUCAUACCAGCAAUCUCAGGUAAUUGUACCUAGUUUAUUGAGGAUAAGUCUUAGAUUAGGAAUGCACCGUAAAUUAGGACCUAUGUAUAGGCCGCUUAAUGCUUUUCAGCAUAAACAACUCAGCAUAAACAACUCUUUUGUGAUUAUUUUCUUACCCAUGCAUUUGAGACAUUUAACGUUAAAUGAACUAACAGCUCUGAAGAAAGAAGGCAAUUAAGACUAGAUCUAGAUUUUUGUAGAACAUUUUAACCAACACUAUUUCCACCUGCUCAAAAAUACUCUCAAACAAAAUUCCCUUAUGAUGUUUUUCUUUUCUUUUACGUUUUUCUUGUGUAUUCCUUAGUUGUGCAAUUUGUCUGAUAGGUUGUCGUCUCGUUUACUCACAAUUUUUAACGUUGCCUGUUUUGUAAACUACCGACUGAAUAAUUCACAACACACUAAAUAGCUGAUUCUUGUUAACUUCCAUGAGAAACCUUACUUUGCAACAGGAACUGAAAGUAGAAGUGUUUUAUUUUCUAUAUAAACUAAUAUAUAUGCCUCAGUCUCCGAUGUAGUUUCCUUUCAUUGUUCGCAUUUUUUGGUAAACGUAAAACGAAGAACAUUUCUCUACUUUCUUUUGCUUAGCCAGUUAUUUCCAAGAAAAUGAAACAGUUUUUUCAGUUAAUGUAAAUAUUUGAGGCCCUGGGAAAACCUUUAAAAGGAAGCGGUAGUCAAAUUUUUGGUAAUUUGUUAGAUGUCGUAACACACAUGCAUGUUGUGUUAAAAGAGACGGAGGAAAAGAAGCGCAGCGUAUAUGUCCGUUGCUGGAUUUUUACAAGAAAAAAACCCAUGCGGAAGUAGAUUCAUAAGUUGUUAGCGUACGUUUAUUUGGUUGUAUCCAUGGUAACACGUUCACUUCAUUCUCUUGUAAACAGGGAAAUCAAGCGCCAUGGGCGCUUUAUAACUUAUUCAUUCCAGCCAGUUCUUUUGAAAUGAUUCACCUGUUUGUUUACUUUGUGUCUUUCUUUCGUCGUUUUUGACGGGAUUUGUCUCAGGACGUAGAUAGUUAAUUAAAAAUAUAAUCGCUUUAAACGCGUCGGAAACUGAUAAGUUGCAACUGAUUAACGUCUCGAGUUUUAGCCUGAAUUAACUACUGUGUUAACUCUCCAAGGUUAGGAGAGAAUUCUUUGUAACAAAAUGUAAAACUCUUAACACGUAACUCACCACCGGGGAAUGAAUAAAUCCCAGAAACUGUAGCCUUUAACGUCGUUAACGACAACUAAGGACGUCAGUGCAUUAAGCGAUUGUGUUUUAAAAAUUAUCGAACGGAGAAGCCGUCUUCGAUCCAACACAUUUAAAUCGUUUUCCUUCCAAAACGAGGAAAGAAAGACACCGACGAACAGGUAAAUCAUUCAGAUCUUUUUUCUUGAGCCCUGGUUCCCUGUGCAGUUGAACAAAUUCAUUUAGUGCUACUGCAAUACAGCUUGCAUGACGCUAAAAUAAUAUUGCAGUCUGAGUUAAUUUCACCUAUGGUCACACGAAAACCCAGUAACAAGCAAUCGAGCUUUUAUGGUGCUGUUAUGUUUCACACACUCAUAAUGAAUUCACAAAGAACUGUUUCUUGCAAACGGAGUUUUCAGUAACUGGUAUCAAGACGCAAAGGGAAAAAAAACAUUACAAGGGGAACAUUAAAAUAUGCCAACUACCUUCACGGGAAGUAUCAACCAAAAUAAUCUACAGAUAUAGGGAGGGCACUCAAGUUAUGUUUUGUUCGAUUUCUUUGACCACUUUCAUGAGCAUAGUCGCGUUCCGGUGUCCAGGAUAAAGCUAAAUGAUUUAGUUACUAAUGCUUACGAGUCUUGACCAAAAGUCCAUCCAAUUACUUACGUUUUCGACUACCCGCCAAAAUUCUUUUGACUUAAAUAGAAAAAAAAAACGAUUUUUUUCUAUAUUCAAAGAUAUGUCCUAGAAUUCUCUGCGCGUCAUUUAGUUUUCUAUCAUCAGAAUAUUAGAACUUCAGGCUAGAGUAACAAUGUGGUAUUUAUUGUCUGUAUUUAAAUUUGUUUCAUUUUGUCUUUAAUUACAGUACCUGUAAUGAACGUCUUGAACAUCUUGGUGAUUUGCUUACAGUUCCAAUCUUCGUAUUCGACCCCGUCUCAAACACAAUUGCAAACACUAUUGGAAACUUCGACAAGAGCUUCAAUAGAAUCGCUAGCGACGACAUUGGUGCCCUUGUCGCCUUCUGUGUCAUUGUCAGCAGAAACAUCAAAAUCAGUCUGGCCAUUACCUUCUAGAUCAUCAUUAAUGUCCACUUUACAAUCAACAUCACCAUCAGUGGCAUCUUCAGCAUCUGAAUCCAAAUCACGAGAAGAAACGUUGUUAAUAUCAUCAGUAACAUUGGCGUCGGUGUCUCAG